AUGCGCCACACCUUGGUCUUGCACAGUAUGUUCAGCUUCUUUCAUUGCGGACACUUAUGGACACCAAACCCCCUCCAACAUCGAAUCUAUUUCACCUUUGUGGUAGUGCACGUCGCGAUUGCGCUCACGGCGAUCUACAUCUUCUUUUCGAUUUGGCGCUGCAAUGACGACACCCUAAUCCGAGUCAAGGACCCCUACACCGACAAAGAGAGCAUUCAGAAGCACUGGGAGUACGACCUCGGGAAGCUGCGUGACCUUACGGUGUCGUCGAUCGGCUUACCUGCUGUGCUCAGCGCGUUCUUGGCCUCGACCUACGGCAUCUUCUUCCCUCUGUUGCUGCAGAGCCUUAACAACCCCAAGGCGUUGUACCAGUCGGAGCUGUUCCGCCUGCACGUGAAGGGGGAGAAGGCGGAGUGCGACCUGCUUCGUCCGUGGAAGGAGUCAAACGUGAUACCCGAAUGGGCGAAGGCUCUCUGGAAUAGGAGCGAGAAGAGCUCGGAGAAACUGCUUACCGGCAGCGGGGUGGGGCCGCAGAGCCCUACAGGAGGCAGCAAGGCAUCUCACAAGCGCAGGUAG